CAUCCUCCAGAAGCUCUGGCUGCGAGUCCAGGUGAUUGCACUCCAAUAUCAGAAGAGAUAAGUGCCGAGGCUGAGGAGCUGUCUAAAGAAAUUGGAAUUCAGGCCGACACUAGAAACAACCUAUUUGCAAGAGAACAGCUUAUCACAAUUGCAAAAGUGCCCGAUGAGCAUGGUCUUGUUGUACUCACAGGCAUAGGCUCUUUCGAGUUGUUCUACGACAUAACAGAACUUUACACAGAAAUGCAGUUGCGUCAAGGAACGCGAAGCUUAUCCUUAAGUGAUGAUGAUGCUGUGUUCCUCACAUACAUGAAGCUCUAUCAUGACUUAACAUUUUCUCUGUUGGCGGUGUUGUUUAGUGUCCACCGUACAACUGUGUCGAACAUUUUCAAGGAUUCAAUUGUAAUUCUAGCAAGCAUUCUUGAGCAUGCAAUUUUCUGGCCAACAAAGACCGCAGUUGUGAACUGUCUCACAAUGUAUUUCAAAGAAUACAAAGACAUGAGGAUGGUGCUUGACUGCACUGAAAUAGAAAUUGAGCGCCCAAAAGAUCUAGUAUCAAGGCUCCUCACAUACAGCCACUAUAAGCGCACGUACACUGCAAAGGUCCUGGUGAGUGAGACACCAGGAGGCUUAAUUAGCUAUGUAAGUCAGGCAUAUGGAGGGAAAGCAUCUGACACAUACAUCACAAAGCAGUGCAGAGUUCUUGACAAGUGUAUUCCCCAUGUUGACAGUGUGAUGGUAGAUAAAGGCUUCCUAAUCGGUGAACAUUGCAAAGAAAGAAAUAUCAAAAUGAUCAGACCUCCAUUCCUCAUGGAAAAACAGCUCACUGCAGAGGAAGCUAGGAGAAACCAAUCCAUAGCAAGCGCCCGAGUACAUGUGGAGAGGGCCAUUCAAAGGAUGAAACUGUACCGCAUCUUAAGAAAUCGGUUUGAUCUCGACUUUGUGCCAUACAUUGACAGCAUAUUCAAAAUAAUUGCUGGAACUGUGAAUCUCUCAAGGCCAUUGUUCAGUAACAACAAGUUCCUUUUCAACUGAUAAUGUCGGUGCGCGUAUUUAUCAGGUUAACUCUCUCCGAAGUAAUUUUGCAGUGAUUACUGGCUCUUACCAAUUAGCUUUGUGGGCUGCCAGGCAAAGCGUGAUAUUUAACAAAUGUGAUGAACGAAUUGUAUAAAAAUAAAAAAAUCUAUACAAGGAGCCACUCAAAGUGUGAAGUUUUUGUCAAUGUGCACACUUACACAGUGGAUAGUCUGAGUGGAAGGAAAAUUUCUGGCUGUAACAAGUGUGGUGGUCCUCAAACACCAAAA